ACGACUGACUGAUUGGCUGGUCAUUGGGACUUGUGUGAAAAUGUGUCUUUUGUGUAACGUGUUCAAAAUUAAUGUGAAACAUAAACUGUCGUAGAGCUCGAGCUCAAACAACCACAACAAUGGGCAUUGUGGGCAAAGACAAAACGCCGACCACGCUUGACAACUGCUCUGACGAGUGCUCCGUCUCCGGCCCAACACCGCCCACUAACACAAACAAAGUAUAUCCCCGCAAGCGAAGUGCUGGAAUAGAGCGAAAGAGUUUCCGAAUCACACUGUCCUACAGAUUUGCACUAUUCAUGAUUCUGGGCAGUUUCGUGGCCUACGUUUUCCAUACAGUAACACACAGCCAAAUGGGCGUGGGUGGCUGGCUUGGAGGUGUGUGGCGCCUGCGCCAGAUGUAUCGUCUGCCGACGGCCCACUAUUUGCAGACGCGGGAUGAGUUUGCGGUUUACUCGGUGGAGGAGUUGAACGCCUUCAAGGAGUACUACGACAAGAGUGUUAGUGACAGUGUUGGCACAAGCUACACGGAAGCGGAGCAGACGAACAUUAAGGAGGCGUUGGGUGCCCUGCGUCUGGCUCAGGAAAUGCAUUUGGCGAACAAGGACGAGAAGGCGCUACGUCUUUUCGAACAUGCACUAGCACUGGCGCCAAAGCACCCAGAGAUAUUGUUACGAUACGGCGAGUUCCUCGAGCACAAACAGCGCAACAUAGUGUUGGCCGAUCAGUAUUACUUCCAAGCGCUUACCAUUAAUCCUAGCAACUCAGAAGCUUUGGCCAAUCAUCAGCGCACAGCAGGCGUUGUGCAGUCGCUGGACGAGCGCCGCUUGGCCUCUUUGGAUGCAAAACGAGACGCCCUCUCCGCCAUACACGAGGCCAAUUCUGCACUGCGUCGGGCCAAAAAAGAGGCUUAUUUUCAGCACAUCUACCAUUCUGUGGGCAUCGAGGGGAACACCAUGACGCUGGCCCAGACACGUUCCAUACUCGAGACGCGCACAGCCAUCGAUGGCAAGUCAAUAGACGAGCACAACGAAAUUUUGGGCAUGGAUCUGGCCAUGAAGUAUAUCAAUGCCAGUCUGGUGCAGAAAAUGGAGGUGACUCUGAAAGACAUUUUAGAGAUACAUCGACGCGUGCUCGGCCACGUGGAUCCCAUUGAGGGCGGCGAAUUUCGUCGCAAUCAGGUGUAUGUGGGUGGGCAUGUGCCGCCUGGGCCUGGCGACCUGGCAUUGCUAAUGCAACGCUUCGAACGCUGGAUAAACUCGGAGCAAAGCAUGUCCCUGCAUCCUGUCAACUAUGCCGCCUUGGCCCACUACAAGCUUGUCCACAUCCACCCGUUCAUCGAUGGGAACGGACGCACCUCCCGCCUCCUCAUGAACACGCUGCUCAUGCGCGCUGGCUACCCGCCGGUCAUCAUUCCCAAACAGCAGAGAAGCAAAUACUAUCACUUUCUCAAGCUGGCCAAUGAGGGCGACAUCAGACCCUUUGUCCGCUUCAUUGCCGACUGCACGGAGAAGACAUUGGAUCUGUAUUUGUGGGCCACUAGCGAUCUGCCGCAGCAAAUACCGAUGCUCGUGCAGACGGAGGGAGGCGAGCUAACUAAGCUGGAACAAUACGCGCACACAAUGCCCCCAGAGUUCUACGAGUCCGGUUCCGGGUCGGGAUCAGAGGCCUCACCUCCCUGACACUCGACGCACAGAACGGCCUUCUGGUCGUCGCAAUCGCUUAGUAAAAUUCUUCUGUAUCUACUGUGUUUUAGUUUAUAUUUUGAUAGAUCGAUAUCGUAUGUACAUAACUUAUUUAGCAACAUCCACGCCGUUUUUUGACUGUGAUCGUACGUAAGAUUAAAACCUAACCAAAUGUAUAACAAUGAUUUUCUAUGAGUGUAGUAAAUAGUGAUAAUAAUGCACAAA